AUGGAUACGAAAGCAAAGGACGAUGAUGUCUCGGUUGUGAAGGCGCCACAAUACGCGCCUGAAGAAGGCGAGGUCACCGCCGUCAACGCAUCAGGCCAUGUUCAGGAACUUGACCGGAAUUUCAACAUUCUGAGCGCUUGUGCCGUCGGUAUCUGCACCGGAAAUACAUGGGCAGCUUUGGGUGGAAGCAUUGUUGUAUCCCUGUACAAUGGAGGUUCGCCAGGAGUAUUAUACGAACUUAUUGCAGCUUCAUUCUUCUAUUGGCUUAUCGCUGCCUGCAUCGCAGAGCUAGCUUCCGCAAUCCCUUCCAGCGCUGGUGUCUACCACUGGGCCUCCAUCACUGCCGGCCCCAAAUAUGGAAGAGUAGUUGGGUACUUUGCUGGCUGGUGGAACUUUUUCGCGUGGAUAUUCGGCGCAGCAUCGCAGUCUUCGAUCCUGGCCAACCUGAUACUCGCCAUGUACGGCUUAUACCAUCCGGAGUACGUCCCACAGGCUUGGCACACCUUCGUCACAUAUAUCAUCGUGACCUGGCUCUGCUGUGCAACGGUCCUUUUUUGCAACCAGGCGCUGCCCGCCCUUGGACAACUCGGCCUGUUCCUCAUCCUCGGCGGUGUCUUCCUCUCAAUACUCGUUUGCGCCAUCAUGCCCGGGACCUCGGGACGGGGGUAUGCCAGCGAUGGAUUCGUGUGGAGGGAAUGGCGCAACCAGACAGGCUACACGUCGGACGGGUUCGUCUUCGUGGCUGGCAUGCUCAACGCGUCCUUUGCCGUGGGAACACCAGACUGCGUCGCACACCUUGCAGAGGAAAUACCACAACCACGGAGCAAUGUACCCAAGGCCAUCGCAGCGCAAAUGACGGUCGGCCUCGCCACCGCUUUCUGCUACCUCGUUGCCAUCUUCUACAGCAUCAACGACUUCGAGGCCCUGCUCAAUAACACGUACACUAAUCCCCUCGCGGCCGUGUAUUUGCAAGCAACGGGGUCGCGCGCCGGUGCCUGCGGCCUGCUCGCCGUCGUCUUCCUCGCAACUGUGUACCCGUGCAUGGGCACGUACAUCACAUCAGGACGGAUGCUGUGGACUCUUGCACGCGACGGAGCGGCGCCCUUCAGCGCCACGCUCAGCCACAUCAGCGAUAGGCACAAGAACCCCUUCGCCGCGACAGUGGUAUGCGGCAUCGCGUGCACCAUCCUCGGCGCCAUCUAUGUCGGCAGCACAACGGCCUUCAACGCGUUCGUCGGGUCCUUCGUCGUUCUCUCUAGCUCGUCCUAUCUCGCUGCUAUCCUGCCGAACCUGCUCACAUCCCGGCGCUAUGUCACUCCUGGCCCUUUUAGCGUGUCGGGACGGAAGGGCUUGUUCCUUAUGGCUGUUAGCUGCGCGUACAUUGCCGUUUUCGUCGUAAUUUUCUGCUUCCCCGCCACUAUGCCUGUCACGCCGCAGAACAUGAACUACUCGUGCCUCAUUACUGGCGGUUUGACGAUCUUUGUCGCGAUGUGGUGGCUCUGGAUUCGCGGGCGUGGGUAUGUUGGUCCUGAGGCGCUGUUGGAUGGGGGGAGCUGA